AUGACUAGUUUACAUCAUAGAAAAUAUGCCAAAUUUAUAAUCGCUGGCGUUUGGGGUAUUGCACUGGCAACGGCAUUUCCCAUACCAAUUGUCUCAAAACUGAUGCAGCCUGACAUUUGGCAUGAGCAUUGUAACAGAUACGUUUGUCGUGAGGAGUGGCCCUCGAUGGAGCAAUCCUAUUAUUAUACACUGGCAUUAUUUACAUUGCAAUUUGUUGUACCGUUGGCGGUGUUAAUAUUUACAUACACACGUAUCGCACUCGCCGUGUGGGGUAAGCGGCCACCUGGAGAAGCCGAAAAUUCACGUGAUCAACGUAUGGCACGUUCCAAGCGUAAGGACGGUUAA